UUGCAGUCCUGUCCGCCCCCUCACUCCCUUCCGUGCAUGCUGUGUGCAGCUGAGCUGCUGCCGCUCGCUUUCCCGGCAGGCCCUGCUGGUGCCCUGCCAUCCACCAACACUCGCCGCGAUGGCAGGAGGACGGGAGAGAGUCGCUCACUUGCUGAGGCAGCUGCAGCGCGCAGCAUGCCAGUGUCCCGCUCAUUCCCACACUUACUCUCAAGCUCCUGAACAUGCUGCUUUGAGAAGAACAGACUAUGCUUUUGAGAUGGCUGUGUCAAAUAUCAGAUAUGGAGAAGGUGUUACUAAAGAAGUAGGCAUGGACCUGCAGAAUCUGGGUGCUAGAAAAGUUUGUGUGAUGACAGAUAAGAACCUCUGCCAGCUCCCUCCAGUAAAAGCAGUAUUGAAUUCCUUGACAAAAAAUGGAAUCACUUUUCAAAUGUAUGAUGAUGUCCGGGUGGAGCCAACGGAUCAGAGUUUCAUAGAUGCCAUCACAUUUGCUAAAAAGGGGGAGUUUGAUGCCUAUGUUGCUGUGGGCGGUGGUUCUGUAAUAGACACUUGUAAAGCUGCCAACCUGUAUUCAUCCAGUCCUGAAUCAGAUUUCUUAGAUUACGUCAAUGCUCCCAUUGGAAAAGGAAAGUCUGUUACUGUGCCUCUCAAGCCAUUCAUUGCAGUUCCCACGACAGCUGGAACUGGAAGUGAAACCACUGGCAUUGCCAUUUUUGAUUACAAAGAACUAAAAGUAAAAACUGGCAUUGCUUCUAGAGCCAUUAAGCCCACAUUGGGUAUGAUUGAUCCUUUGCAUACAAUCCAUAUGCCAGAGCGAGUAGUGGCCAACAGUGGCUUUGAUGUGCUUUGCCACGCACUAGAAGCGUACACUGCUCUUCCUUACAAGAUGCGCAGUCCCUGCCCUUCAAAUCCAAUCAACCGGCCUGCUUACCAAGGCAGCAACCCUAUCAGUGAUGUUUGGGCUGUCCACGCACUGCGCCUUGUGGCAAAGUAUUUGAAAAGAGCUGUCAGGAUGCCAGAUGAUCAUGAAGCAAGGGCUAACAUGCACCUAGCAAGUGCUUUUGCUGGCAUCGGCUUUGGCAACGCUGGUGUUCAUCUUUGCCAUGGAAUGUCUUACCCUAUUUCUGGUUUGGUGAAGAGUUACAAAGCAAAGGAUUAUAACGUCGAUCAUCCUCUGGUGCCACAUGGUCUUUCUGUGGUACUCACCUCCCCCGCAGUAUUUACUUUCACAGCAGAGAUGUGCCCCGAACGGCACUUGGAGGCUGCAGAGAUACUAGGAGCUGACAUCCGCACUGCCAAAAUCAAAGAUGCUGGGCUUAUUUUGGCAGACACGCUCCGGAAAUUCUUAUUUGAUCUGAAUGUUGAUGAUGGCUUAGCUGCAAUUGGUUAUUCUAAAGCAGAUAUCCCUGCUUUAGUGAAAGGCACUCUCCCUCAGGAAAGAGUGACUAAACUAUCACCUCGUCCCCAGACCGAAGAAGAGCUAUCUGCCCUGUUUGAGGCAUCCAUGAAACUUUAUUAGUUUAAAUAUAUUGCAUGUUCUUUAACAAUAAAAACUAACAUGGAGGUAAUUUUCCACAGACAUGGUCUAAACCAGUUCAGAUAAUGAAGGAACAUGGAACUCUGAUGCUUGUAUUUUAUUAUCCACUGCCAAAAGGUCAGGUAAUUCAUGUUCAGUUCAACACUGUUUUUGUGAUGUAGGGGCUGAUUGUGUAAUCAAAGGGACUACUCAUGUAAAGGUUGUUGGCUCAGAUCUUAAGCUUUGCAGAGGACUUUCUCUUGCUUGAGAGCUGGACAAAAAAUUGAGAUAAUUUGUCCUGGAAAUUUUUUUUAAAUGUUCAGGGGAUGAAUUUUAUCUUGUAUUAUAAUUUUCUAUGACUAUUUUUGUCUUUUAAAAAAACCCAAAACUAUAAACUGUGUAGGAAAAACAGGCCACUCCUCCUCAGGCAAUAUUCUCAAACACAAAAUUUGAACCUGCUCAAUUCAGAAGGUUCACCUUAUGAUUUUUCUACUGUCUCAUUCAAUUUGGGGCCUGAUAUAAAGAUGGUUAACAUCGUGGGUAAAAAAAUAUAUAUAACUUUUUAACAAGUCUGGAAUAAGUUUGCUUGUUCCGACAGGCUAACUGAUUACUUGUCAACUGAAAAAGCAAACUGGCAGAAGGGGGAUAAAAUUCAAAUGUAAGUAUUAAAAUCUUUUAAAACUUUCCUGGAUUUUUCACCCUCUGUUGAGCCCCUUUGGGGUAAUGAGAUUUGCUGCCUGCGUAGCGUAGCAUAGUAUUUGCUGCCUCACACAGCAGUCUUAUACAGAGAAUAUUGGAAAACAGGAAAAUUAUUUUGAAGAGAUUUUUAAAGUUAUUUCUGUUUUGUGGAGUUUUAAAUGAACCUAUUUACUGGUUUUCACAAAAACUCUGUGACUUUUAGUAUUGCUAUUUUAAUCAAUAUUUUAUCAAACUUUUUACCAAUUUUUUAUUUAUUGAAAGCCAUGUUGUCUUACUGAAAACUGGGUUUUCUGUAAAAGAAAAAUAUCAAUAAUUUUGAAAACAAUUUUGAUAAAAAUAGCAAUUAAAAAUGUUGCAGAAAGUUUUUUCACUCAAAAUAGAAAAUUUUGAUAAUGUUGACAAAUUUGUCAGAAAGUUUUCCAAAAAAGAUCAGUUUUCAAAAAUUUCUUAAGCAAAAAAUAUCAACCAUUAUAAGAUGUUUUCUCUGUACUAGACAGGGCUUUAAUGUCAGUCAUAGUCCCAGUUUGCUUCAGCAAAUUCUGGAAGUUGGCACAUGUCUAUAUCACAGAACAGAAGAGAGAGAAGGUUUUUUUUAAUUGAAAAUUAUUUCUAUUAGGCACAGAUUUCAUUGGCAUUGUACUGCAACACCGGCAGCAGUAUAUACAAUACUCAGACUGUAUUCAUGUAAAACAAAUUCUGAUGUCUUUUAAAUUCUGUUCAGGCACCAAUUUCAUGCAGUUGCCAUAGCACAAGCUCAGUGUAGGAAAAGCAUAACAUGCUAGUUAGUUUCUUUACUCAGUUACUUUUACUCUUUGCCUCGUUAUGAUUCUGUUCUGCAGCCGCCCCACAUGCAGCUCUUCCACUGAAGUAGAGGAAGGAUGUCUUGUACAUUUAUGACUAUUAAUCUUGGCUCAAUAAGACUGGUGCCUUCCAACCACAUGUUAGGACCUUAUGAUGUAAAUAUAUUGGAUGUGUGGUUUUUAGGUCCCUUUAGUGCUCGGUACAAGGUUGGAUGGAUAGCGAUGGAGACUGAAGGUCCUCUGUCUAUCCACUGAACGGGUAAAGCAUGGACAGUGAUUAUACAGACAGCUCUGCCAAUAUCCCUCAGCCUAUUCUGAGAAGCUAAUUCAUUUCCCCUGUCACUCCAUAUCCAUUACCUCCUUGCUCAUUCUAGUGAAAAUGCCAACAAGAGCCUCAAUUGUGAAAGCUGGUUUCACAAUGUGUGGAUUUUAUUUUCUAUAUUACAAAGACUCACCCUGCACUUUACCUUUUUGUUGCAUCUUUUAUAUAUAAUUUCUGUUCUCCCUCUCUGUGAAGUUUCAUCUUUGUGCAAUAGAAAUGGUACAGUGCACUGAGGAGACAAUUUUUUUGGGAAUCUAUCUUCUAGCCAGACACUUUGGAAUUGGAGGGGAUGUAGCUUCUUCCAAUUGAACAGCGGAUGAGUUUGUUAGGUAUGUUAUUUCUCCUGCAUGUUUUGAUGGGUAAGAAGGAAAGUGGGUCUUUCAUUCUAUCAUGGUUCUUAUUUACCAUUUAUAUUGGUAUGUGAGUAAUUAGUAGAAUGGCUUCACUACUAAUAGUACUUUACACUUACAUAUAACCUCUUUAAUUGAAGGAACUCAAAGCAAUUUACUAACAUUCGUGAAUUAAGCCUCACAACACCCUGUGAGGUAAGCUGCUAGUAUUACCCCUAUUGUAUAGAUGAGGAGACUGAGGAACAGAGUAUUAAGUGACUUGUCUAAGGUCACACAGGAAGCUUGUGGCAGAGUCGGAAAUAGAACCCAAGUCUCCUGACACCUAGUCUUACGCAUAUCCAUAAGACCAUCCUUCUACUACUAAUUAUUAGCCAGUGCUGAAAACUAUGUGAGAAGAAUCAAGAGAUGAAUCCAUCCCAUUCAAAUAAUAACAGUUUGACAGUGCUCGUGGUGCUAAAUCCAGAACGGGAUCCAGGAUACGAGUACAGUUUAUUGGCAGUUUUAUUUGCCACUGAGUUAGAGGUUUUUAAUGUAAUAAAAUAUACUAUUCCGUACCUGAAGGUCCACAUUUUCAAACGUGUGCACAUAUCUUUGUGCAGGUCCAGUUUGCACUCAUGAAUAUGGGACUUGUGCAUGUGUGGUUACAACUCGUGAACACCCAUUGGUUGGGCACGUGUAGAAAAUCUGAGCCACUUGUUCUUCAUCUGAUUUAUCAAAAUGUUAAUGCCUCAAACUCUAAAGCCUUCCAUAAUGUAUCUUGUAUAGUUAGAAUGGUGCCUUUGGGAGCUACUGCAAUACAAAUAAGUAAUGAUGCAUUUCCUACAAAUAUAAGCAUGUGAAAAUGUUUGAGAACCGAUUUAACUGUCAUGUUAACUUGAAUCUUGAAAUGUACCUGUGAAUCCAAACCAUUCAGAGGAAAUAAGCUUUCAUUAGCUUUGCUGGGCAGUAUGAUUAUUCCUGAUUAGAUGCUUACUCAAUGAGCUGACAGUAUGUUGACAAACCAUUGCAUUGUGAAUAAUUGAAAAGAAUGUCCAAUUUCCAAAAAUAAAGAGCAUCCUAUCUACUGUA